CAAGAGAGAAAGUAAUAUCUUCUAGGGUUUCUCUUUCUCUUGAAUUGUCUGCUACCAAAGGCUCUUUCUCCUCAUUCUCUUCGGAAUUCGUGAGCCAUGGAAUCACCCGAUAACGAGCAUGUAGUGGGUGGCGCCGAACCCAACGACGUCGUUAGACCCUUUUCCCACAGAGAAGAACCCCACAACUCCCAACCCCUCACCGGCGAUGGUGCCAGCCCCGGAAAGAUAUUUAUAGGUGGUUUAGCGAGAGAAACGACCAUUGCCCAAUUUAUCAAGCACUUUGGUAAAUAUGGUGAGAUUACGGAUUCUGUCAUCAUGAAGGACAGGAAAACUGGGCAGCCUCGGGGAUUCGGGUUUAUAACAUACGCGGAUCCCUCUGUGGUUGAUAAAGUGAUUGAGGACCCUCAUAUCAUCAAUGGCAAACAGGUUGAGAUUAAGCGGACGAUACCAAGGGGAGCUGUUGGCUCUAAGGAUUUUAGGACAAAGAAAAUUUUUGUAGGUGGAAUUCCUUCAAAUGUGACUGAAGAUGAAUUUAGAGACUUCUUCACACGCUAUGGAGAAGUCAAAGAUCACCAAAUAAUGCGCGACCACUCCACCAAUCGAUCUCGUGGCUUUGGGUUUAUCACAUUUGACUCUGAAGAAGCUGUUGAUGAUCUUUUGUCCAUGGGGAACAAGAUUGAAUUUGCUGGAGCUCAGGUGGAAAUCAAGAAGGCUGAACCAAAGAAGCCAAAUGCACCACCUCCAUCAUCCAAGCGCUACAAUGACUCGAGGUCUUCAUACAGUGGUGGAUAUGGAGAUGCUUAUGAUGGAUUUGGUGGCAGCUUUGGAGUUGGAGGUGGUUACAGAUCCGGUGGUGUCUAUGGUGGUAGGGGCAGUGCAUAUGGUGGCUAUGGAAGUGAAUUUGGUGGAUAUGGAGGAUAUGCUGGUGCAAUGGGGCCCUAUAGAGGAGAUCCCUCCCUUGGGUACUCUGGUCGUUAUGGUGGAAGCUUUAGCAGGAGCUAUGAUCUUGGUGGGUAUGCAGGAGCCAGUGAGAAUUAUGGAGCAUAUGGUGGUGGUGCUGGUGGUGCUGGUGCUUCUGGUGGCGGUGCCUAUCAAAGUGGCUAUGAUGCUGGCCUAGGGGGCGGAUAUGGAGGGCCCAGUGGAGGCCCCUUCUAUGGAAGUAGAGGAGGAUACGGCGCUGGUCGAUAUCACCCUUAUGGAAGAUAAGAAGAUAGAAGCAAGAACUUUUAGUCUAGGACUGAUAUAUCUAGCACCAAGGCAAGUUUCUAGUUUGUGUUUGGUUCAUCAAAUAGAUAAAAUAUUGUCAUUUAAAAAAAAAUUGUCAAUGGGACUUUAAAUAUUCAGCACACUCAUUUCUUGUAAUCGUUAGAAGACCAAAAAAAGUUUCCUGUUGAAGUUGGGUUUUUGAUUGAUGGUAAGAGCUGCAAAUUGUGCAGAUGGUUGUAUUUUAAACCUUGUUCAUUAUUUUUGUAACGUUUAUUACUACUAUCUAUCUCUUUUGUUUGUUCGAUUUAAUUACUCCGUAGGGAUUUGUUAUUUAUACAUAGUUGUUAUUAUCACCAGCC